AUGGAAGAGAAGAGGAACAGAAUCGUUUUUCUCCUCUGUAUAUGUACGUUAACCGAAGGGAUCGUAAGAAAUCCAGCAACGUUGAUGGAAAAUUUGCCUGGUUACGCGGUCACCAGCGGUAUCCAGCAAUUAAAUUCGACCAGAUGCCGAAGAGAAAUGCAGAUAUUCCGGGACGCGGUAAACCAAGGUGUACUCUGGAGUAUCAGAAUGUUGGACGCGAGCGGACAACCAACAUCAGGAUACAUUUCAGGAAACAACUAUUGGAUGGGAAACAAAGAAGAAUGCGAGUACCUUAGCCAGAAGAGACAAUUUCCAUUGUCAGAGAAGAAGAUUCGAAAUAAUUCAAUCUAUCGCAAUCCAGCUGAAGAGUUUCCACCUUUCGAGCUCAACUUCUUUGGUGCUCAUCUCAGUCAGAAUGGCACUGUGCAGUAUCAUAUGAAGGUUCCUAUCGAUGAGACAAUAGUGCUCGGACUUUGUCUACCAGCAUCCUGCAGCGAAAACGAAGUGGGCACAAUGCUAAAGAAGGUAUUCGUCGAUAGGCUUCUUCUAUUUGGACAACUCUAUUCGACAGACUUUAAGUUGAUCAGAGUGUCGAAUCUGAAAAAUGACUAUAAAUGGCUUCUGAAUGGAAACAUUAUUACGAUUUUAUUUAUUUUGACAGUAUUAUUCGGUACGACGAUAGUAGCCACGUUAUACGAUAUUCUCAUCUACCAGAAACAUCUAGAGAAAAAAACAGACGACAACAUUAUCGAAUUGAAGAAGUACACGGUGGAGAAAUCGGAAUAUAACGAAGAGGAGGAUGCUGUACCAUCAAAACUGAAAGCAGAGAAUCGAAUUGGAAAAAUCCUUAUAUGUUUCUCAGCUUAUUCGAACAUGAAAGAAAUAUUCAAAUUAAAGAAUAGUUCAAAAGAUUUUAGCGCGUUUCACGGCAUCAGGCUGUUUGGAAUGAUAUGGAUCAUUUUUAUCCACGUUUUAUUAUACUCACUGAACGUUACAG